AGCCUGAACUUGCCCUUCUUCCUUGUCAUGUUUUGAUAUCGCCAAGUAAUGCCGACAUGGGUCUCAAGGAGCUGGAGGCCCGUCUCAACGACAAAGGCUAUAAAAACUGGCUGAAAGCAAGCCGUUGUCUGUUCAUCCUGAAGGACGGACUACACCCCUUCAUCAACCGCCAAAUGAAGGCUUUCCACGGAGACCUCCUCAAUAAGAAAGCUCAGCUGCGGACACCGUGUGAGACUGCUUCAUGCAAACCCAAAGGGAAUGAGCUCUCCUCAGCAUGCAAGAACUGUUCAGAGUGGCAGACAGUGAUCCUGAGUCACCACCGACAGCCAAAAGCCACAGUGAACUGGGAUAACUGUCUCCCUCCCAACUGGAGAACAGACCACUGGGAACUGGCUAAGGCCUACAUGCCUCGGGGUCAGGGGAAAGUGAAGGGGGCCGAUCAAUGUGAUGCCUCGGCUCUGCUCAACCUGAUAAAUUACUGUGACUGUUUCCAGUCUGUGGAUUCAAAAUGUGUGAGAGAGGUGAUCCGUUACAGGAACGAGUUGAUGCACUCCUGUGAGUUGCAUGUGAAAGAUGAAUGGAUGAGACACUUUCAGAAUGCUUUGAAGAAGCUGAUGCAGCAGUUCAGCAACGUACCACAGAUGGCAGCAGUUGUACAACAGAUCAAGGAGAUGCUGUCUGUAGAUUUGUCCAUAUGUGUAUCGGGUUUGGACUCCAUCGAUUCUGACGCCAUGGGUGGAUUAGAGUGUGAUUCUGUCAGCCAAGGGGAGCCCAGCGCUGACUUAAUCAGCCAGUGGGAAGCUGAGUUGCUACAAGAGAGGCUGCAGGAGUUACUGCACGCUGCUGACCACGAUACACAGGGCACUGAGCAGCUGAAGAGCCUGAGCAGCUUCCUGCAGGCCAACAAAGAUCUGGGAGAGAGGUUUUCUGCAGAGCUCCAAGCCAUCGACUCACUUCAGGCCAGAGAAUAAGAGAAGUGGUGAAAAAAGGAAUGAUGAGCAAAUUGUGCAAUAUCUUUUGAUAUUUACUAUCAAAAAUAAGUCAAGGUCAGAAUUGAAGCAGGUUAUUGUGUAGGAGAGAAACUCCCUCUGAAGGGAACUUUGGGAUUUUAGACUUGCAGACCUUUUAAAUGCACAAAAACCUUUAUAAAACACUACAGGAAAGGGAAAACCCCAAAAGCGUUAAUAGGGCCAAUUUUAAAGUCCAAUUUGUAAAUAAAGAUGGAAUUGACAGUUGUUUACUACUUGAAAUCUAAGUCUAAAGUAUCUGCAAAGUAUUCCGCCCAACCAUGAAUGUGUGAAACGCAGAGAGUUGUUUAUUAUUAUAAAGGUAAUAAACAACUCUGUGCAUAUUAUAAAGAUAAUAAACAACUCUGUGCAUAUUAUAAAGAUAAUAUGCGCUGGGCUGCCAUUGGCUUAUCAUAAAGAUAGUAAACACCUCUGACCCACAAUUGUUGCUUUAUAGAUUGAACCAUUUGACUUGAACCCACAGUGAUGUGCAGAAACAAGCUCAGUCUCUUCUUAUCAGUGCUUUAAACUUCUCCUCUAUCUGUUUUUUAACUUUUAUUUUUACACAGUUGCUAUAAAAAAACAUGUUUCUGCUUAUUCUUGCCCUGAUACACUAGUCAAUUCCUGACUGAUAUUGCCUUACACGUAAAAUCAUUUCCCAGGUCCUUUCUACCCAGUUUGUACAAGGGUAUAAAAUAAACACUGACACUGGAUCUGUUUUUGAUCAGGUGUCAGGUACAAGGUAACAGGACAGAAUUAGGUGGUCUAUGUUUUUUUUUAAAAGUAGUUAUGGUGAAUUGACGUAAUUUAACACGUGUCCCGUUUAUGUUUGAAUUUAAUUCUUAAACCAAACUUUAGUCUGAGCUCAUAUGCUAAGAGUCUGCUUUAUGAAACAGCUUUAUUAACCCUGUUCAGUUUGACUGACUUGUUGCUUUAGCUUUAACAGACAGAUAGGAUUAAAACAAUUGAAAAUGCUGAAAUUGUGUAACUGGCUCUACUGGCUCCCAUGUUCACGAUAAUGUUAAUUUCAAUAUUUUAGUUUUUUAAAUUUCAUUGAACCGGUUUGAUGCCCCUCCAAACUAUUGUGUCUGUAUGCUUUGUUUGUGUUUUGUUUUUUUCUAAAUGUUUAGUUAUGCUUUUGCUGUUUUUGUCCUCUGUAGACUCCCAUUGGAACACCAUGUAUAAUCAGGAUACAUAAAUAAAAUCAGUUCAAAGGCG